AUGGCUUCCUCUUUAAUAGCAACAUCUACGAAAGUGAAACGGAAAAGAGGACGAGAAAAUGACGAAGAUACGGCAGACAAGACCGUCCCUGUUACCACCAGCGCUGAACGAGCAAGACGCAAGCGGAAGAAACAAAAGAAAGCAAAGCAGCCCGCGGAUGAUGUGAAAGACGCAGACAAGAAGGAUAGCAUUGACGAGUCGAUUGGCAAAAUGGACGGGAAGCUUCUGGCAGACUACCUCGCGCAGAAGGCAAAGCGGCAUAAUAAAGAUCUGACUGCCGUUGAGCUGGACGAUAUAUACGUCCCUGAUUAUGCCUUCACCGACACGACGCUCUGGGAGUCACCUAGAACCCUUGAGAAUCUACCGGCGUUCCUUAAAAAAUACAGCCCGAAGAAGGGAUCAUUACUAUCGCAAGCAGCAGAGGCUAAUGGCAGCCCACAUACCCUCCUGGUGACACUUGCUGGACUCCGAGCCGCGGACCUUACAAGGGCAUUGCGGCAAUUUCAAAAUCAAGACUGCGCUGUUGCUAAACUGUUUGCAAAGCAUAUCAAGCUCGCUGAAUCUCAAGAAUUUGUUAAAAAGACGAGGGAACUAAAAAGGUGCGGCAGGGUCGGCAUAGGAAUAGGCACACCGGUCCGUCUGAAUGAUCUUAUUGAUACAGCGGAUGGCUACUACUGGGCCCGCCGUUUUAUCAUGUGCACGUCGCGGCCUUCCGGAAUUUUCGAGCUUCCCCGCGGCGCUUCGGCCUUGGAGCCAUUUGGGGGCAGUCAGUCGCACCUGAUGUGCGAAUCCUUGCAUUUAUCGCCACGAAUCAGCAAGGCGCAUCUUGAUACCUUACGAGCUAAAAACCUUGCUACUGGCUCCGCUGCCCCAACAAUCGUUGUUGGAACAGUCUCCGGCUUGGUUAAGCGAAGGUUGAGCCACCGUCUAGUGCACAGACCGCUACGGGCACAAUACCUAUAG